UUAUUUUUCAUAAUAAAUAUUAUAAACUAUUGUUUUUAAACAGAAAGCAUAUAUAUCUCUCAAAAUUAACACAAAAUUUCCAUUACUCAAAACUUUGUGCAUUAUUAAUUAUAUUCGUAGUGUGUUCCUCAAUUUAAUUUACUAAAACCGCAUUACGUUUAUGAGAGGCUUAAUUGCUGACGUAAUCUGAACUUCGUUGAUGUCACAGCGAUAAUAUACUAAUAAUUUUAUGAAUAUGAGAGCAUACCCUGUUUGUCAGAGUGUUUUGCGUUACUUCUCGAAGAACUUCGAACUACUUUACUUGGCCACAUUGUUUUCAAAGUGUAUUCUACAUUACAAACAGCUUCGAUUUAAUCAUUCAGACUCAUAUUUGCUUAUAAACAUCAUAUCAAUUAAUAAAAAAAUUGUAAGCAAAGAUGGAAGAAAUUCACAUUCAAGUGGAGGACAAUUUGCCCUCAAUAGAGCACAUUUUAUGUCCAAUAACAUACGUUUCCUGGCUUCUGGGUGUCGGUAUUGCACGCCCGCGAAAAUGUCACAAAGCUGUUACGAUAAUCCUACGUGUCGUACAUUUUGCAGUAUGUUCCGUUAUCGUGACGUACGGUGCCAUAGAUUUUUUCACCUUUGGUAGUGUCUUCAAGAGUGACAUAUUUAAAAUUAUGUACUACAUGAACAAGGUAGUGUGUUACGUGUCAGCAUACUACUAUGUCUUUCACGGUAUCAAACAGUACGACAAGUGGCCGGAGCUAAUGGACAAAAUGAGAAAUCUCGAUCAGAAAAUCAGGCGAGAAACGCCCAUGACUGAUCAGCCCGUAAAAAUCGUCGAGAUGCUGGCUAUUUUCGCGGUACUCGCUUGCGGCCCUUUAUCUCUGAUCGUACACGCCCUAUAUUACUACUUCACACGCCCCGAAGAUAUCUUUGCAUCCGACUUGCUACUUUACUAUACAAUAGCUCAAUCCUUGAUCAACAGCUUUGUCUUCAACGUCAUCGUCUAUGUGCUAUAUCAUCGAUUUCGAACAAUAAAUAAAUUAAUUGAAGAGUUAGAUGAACGAUUCGGUGCACCAUGGAUCGCACUCAAAAUUAGACGUAUCAGAGAAUUGCACACUGGAAUUUGCGAUCUGGUUAUCAUGGUAAAUGAUAUUUACGGCUUUCAACUUCUCCUUUGCUCGGCAAAUUGCUUCACUAUGGUUGUGGCUACGCUAUUUAGAAUCUACAUGGGCGUUGUAGAAAAAAACUACGGGUUUAUGCUGAUAAAUAAUAUUCUUUGGAUUUUAUACACUGCGCAAUUCGGCCUAAUGUGUUAUACUUGCACGCUCGCGCGCCAAAAAUCCGACUAUACCGGAAUAAUUAUAUACGCAAUAGUAUUAAAUUGUAAACCUACGAAUCUUGAUAAAUUAAGUACGAAGAAUCAAUUGAGUAUAGAAGUACCACCAUUGGAAGCCCCAGAUGGCGAACAAAAUUCUAAUCGGAGUAGCAGUUUCAAUCUAAACUACGUCGUCAUGGAAAAUCUUUUGCGUAAAAACUUGGACAGAGAUUGCGUCAGAAACGAGAUCAAUGAUUUUUCAAUUCAACUUCAACAGCAUCGGGUAGCAUUUACUGCCUGUAAUUUUUUCGAAAUAAACAACGCUUUGUUCAAAAAUGUAAGUAUAACAAUUCUUAUUGAUUAUAUUGUGAUUUAUAUGGAAUAACUCAGUUCCUUCUUUUACAUCGCAAUAUUAAUAAUUUAUCAAAGCAACAGUAAAUUGCAACAAGUUUUCUUUUUUCAGUUUGUCGGUGUCAUUACUACUUAUUUAAUAAUACUUGUGCAAUUUUAUCGACCCGAAAAUAUAAACGCGUAGUUCAGGAGAAGACACUAAAUAAGAUUAUUGCACUUUGCGUGAAAAAAAAAUGUUAAAAGCUAAACAAUAUUGUAAAUAAAUAUUUAUUAUAAUAAAUUUAUCACUGUACAAUAAAUAUGGAGUUACCCGUGACAUUCAUGACGAAAUAAAAAACAUAUUUUUACAAGAACUAUUAGGACCUUGAAUAAGUUCUCGCUGUUUUUUUUUGUUAAAAAAA